AGGGACGCGAGCGGCGCGCCGGCGGCGGGCUCGGCUCGGAGGCCGCGGAGACCCGCGCGGAGCCCAAAGUUUGCGCGCAGCCCCCCGGGCGGCGGCGCGCGGGGGGCCGGGACCGCCCUGCGCGGCGCCCUCGCCCCGCGGGGCCCCGCGCCCGCCCCGGCCGCGCCGAGGGUCGCCGGCGGCCACGCGGAGGCGGCCGGGAGCGGCGCCGCGGCAGGUGCGGCAGGGUGUACAUGUAGCCCGGAGAAGGAGCCCAUGGCUUUAGCUGGCUGUCCGGAUUCCUUCGUGCACUGUCCCUACUACCAGGACCAGGUGGAGCAGACACCCCCUGUCAGCGCACGCAGGACACCCCCUGUCAGCCUGGCAGGACCCGGCUUCCCCGCGCCGUCUGACCGGCUCACCACCCACCAGGAGGAUGACGUAGAUCUGGAAGCCCUGGUGAACGAUGUGAGUGCGUCCCUGGAGAGCCUGUACCCGGCGUGCGGCAUGCAGUCGGACACGGCGCCCCUGCUGCAGAACGGCCAGCACGCCCGCAGCCCGCCGCCCUCAGGAGCACGGUCCCCGCAGCCGCAGGCGGCCCCGAGACUGCAGGUGCAGCGCUCGCAGCCCAUGCACAUCCUCGCCGUCAGACGCCUGCAGGAAGAAGACGACCAGUUCCGAACCUCUUCUCUGCCGGCCAUCCCCAACCCUUUCCCGGAGCUCUGCGGCCCCGGGAGCCCCCCGCUGCUGACCAGGGGUUCCUUACCUCCCAGCCAGGCGGCUGCGAAGCAGGACGUUAAAGUCUUCAGCGAAGACGGGACGAGCAGGGUGGUGGAGAUCCCGGCAGACAUGACGGCCAGAGACCUGUGCCAGCUGCUCGUUUACAGAAGCCACUGCGUGGACGACAACAGCUGGACGCUCGUGGAGCACCACCCACAUCUGGGACUAGAAAGGUACCUGGAAGACCAUGAGCUGGUGGUCCAGGUGGAGAGCACCCUGGCAAGUGAGAGCAAGUUUUUAUUUAGGAAGAAUUACGCAAAAUACGAGUUUUUCAAAAAUCCUACGAAUUUCUUCCCAGAGCAGAUGGUGACUUGGUGCCAGGAGUCAAACGGCAGUCACAGCCAACUUUUGCAGAACUUUCUCAACUGCAGUAGCUGUCCUGAAGUCCAAGGGUUUUUGCAUGUGAAGGAGCUUGGGAAGAAGUCGUGGCGAAAGCUGUACGUGUGUUUGCGGAGGUCGGGCCUUUACUGCUCCACUAAGGGGGCGUCAAAGGAGCCCAGACACCUGCAGCUGUUGGCGGGCUUGGAGGACAGCGGCAUAUUCUCCCUGAUCGCCGGCAGGAAGCAGUACUGUGCGCCCACCGACUAUGGCUUCUGCAUAAAGCCCAACAGAGUCCGGAGCGAGACGAAGGAGCUACGGCUGCUGUGUGCCGAGGACGAGCAGGGCAGAACGUGCUGGAUGACUGCGUGCAGGCUCCUCAAGUAUGGCACGCUCCUGUACCAGAACUACAGAAUCCCGCCUCAGAGGAAGCCCUUGCUCCCCUCCUUCUCAACACCAGUGCGCAGCGUCUCGGAGAACUCCCUCGUGGCCAUGGACUUUUCCGGGCAAACAGGAAGAGUGAUCGAGAACCCGGCCGAAGCCCAGAGCGCAGCCCUGGAGGAAGGCCACGCCUGGAGGAAACGGAGCACGCGGAUAAAUGUCCUCAGCAGCCAAAGUCCCCUCCACCCCUCUACCCUGAGCACAGUGAUUCAUCGGACACAGCACUGGUUCCACGGCCGCAUCUCCAGGGAGGAGUCGCACAGGAUCAUUAAACAGCAGGGGCUGGUGGACGGGCUUUUUCUCCUCCGAGACAGCCAGAGCAAUCCAAAGGCUUUUGUGCUCACGCUGUGUCAUCAUCAGAAAAUUAAAAAUUUCCAGAUCUUACCUUGCGAGGAGGACGGGCAGGUAUUCUUCAGCCUUGACGACGGGAACACCAAAUUCUCCGACCUGAUCCAGCUCGUGGACUUCUACCAGCUCAACAAAGGAGUCCUGCCUUGCAAACUGAAGCAUCACUGCAUCCGAGUGGCCUUAUGACCUCACACGGACUCUCGGCGAAGACGGGGAAGCUGACACUGGACCGAGGGAAGGGGAUGUGCGUCGCGGAGAGCACACGUCUGUUCUGCACCCUGGGUGGGGUGGGGGCGGGGGGCGGUCCGUCGGAGCCGCCCGCCGGGACGGAUCGGUGUCCGGCCUGGAUGGCGGUGAUUUGCUGCUGCGGAGCCGGCGGGAGCACCUCCCUUGGCGCCGGCGACAUCAGGGAGGCGCGGGUGGAGAGGAAGCCGGCGCGGCGGCCUCGGCCCGGCCACGUGGCGCGAGAGCCGGAGACGAGUAAUUGGAAAUGAACUCUUGCCCUGGAAUAAUCUUGACAAUUAAAACUGAUAUGUUUACUUUUUUGUAUCGAUCACUUUUUGCACUCCUUCUUGGUUCUCCACGUUGUGCUCAGCCUCUGUCGGAGGGGCGUGGCGCCUGCGGGGGCAGGUGGCUCCGGCCUGAGCCCGCGCUCCGGAGACUGACCCGGGGCCCGCCGCGUGCAGGGGCCGCGGGCGGACUCGGCUUCCGGGUAACUAACCACCCCCAGCCCUUCCACGAAUACUUGAAGAGCUUCUUUUUAAAAAAACAAAGGGCGUCACCUGCGGCGGGCAUUUGGCACGUUUUGUGGACCCAGGCAACCACGUCUGUCGGCCCCUUUCCCUGCGCGCAGGUGUCCUGCGCGCUGUCACCAGUAUGUCGUGUCCUCCACAGUUCAGGAGACCUGGGGGUGUUUUUGGGGAAACGUGUCCCCCCAUGACACAGUGGACCCUAGCUGGACGCGGGGGGCGUCCCGGGACACAGCGGGCACCCCGUGUGUGCCGCUGGGGGCCGCCCUCUCCGCCUGUUCUAGGGCAGUCCGCUGCCUUAUCCCCCACCCCCCGCAGCGGCUGGGCCCGUCCCUCCCGGGGUUGAAGGAUCUAAAAGGAAAAUGAUGGUUGGCUUUCCGCUGUGGCCCCUGGGUUUCUCUAGUGAUGAAGACAGAAACAGUGGAAAGGGCACCUCUGCAGCCUGGCAUUUAAAGGUCUUCAAUCGAUGGCCUCCCAUCCUGCUGAAAACCGUGGGCUGGUGCACGCGGGGCCUUGGCCUUGGCCGGCUGGCUCUCAAAAGUACCUCACAGCAGUUGUGGGCAUUGAAGAAUCUUAAUAAGGCAACACUGCUUCCCCCUCUGGGGGGCUGAGUCACACGGGGGGGAGGGAGGAGGGCUGGAGUGUCCCUCCGCCCUGCCCCUGAGUGGAGUCACCAGGUGGGAGAGUGGCCUUGUCCUUCCCUUCAGUCUCUGCAGAGCAGAAAGGUCUCCCUUGACAGGUGUACAGGCCACUGUGGUGAAAAUGGUCCCCUUUUCUGAGAUCAGUCGCCAUGCAUGACUGGGCCUCUGGAUGGGUGCCAGCCACUAGGUGGCCUGGCCGGGACCCAGCACCGUGCCCCAGAGGAAUGUGCCCACGAUGUGGGACACACGUGGCCAGCUCCAGUGACACAGACGCCCCAAAGGAAGGCUCUCUAGGGUCUAGAAACACUGUAUCUCGCUUUACAGGGCUCACUCCACUCGUCUUCCGUGAAACGUCUGCCUACACAAAGACAGACUUGGUAGUACAGCGUUUUGAACCACGAACGCUCAGCUGCGUUUUCUUCCUUCUGUAGCCAGUUCUGUCUUUCAGACCAGGGACAAGUAGGGAAUUCUCAAGUCCUACCUGGCAGCAAGCUUCUGGUGCCCUUCACCUUGAGUGGCUCUUUUUUCACACUGUUAGACAACGCCAGACAUUUUUCUCUUCACCGGUUGGAAAUCGAACCUUAAAAAAAUUCUAUGAUUUCUUUCUUUUUCUUUUUUGCUCUUUACAUAAACCAGUAAGAUGAGACUCUCACGGCCCUCUCCGAUGGCAUCCACAGCAUUUUGUAUUUAUAAACCUGCGUUUUCUUUAAAAGGAAGACAAAAGCUGUCCUCUGAUGCACAGUGUGUAUGUGUUGCUGGUUUGAUGUAGUCUCUUGGACCUCCCUGGCUGCAGUGAAAUGCUGGAGGGUGUCAGACCUCCCCCCGCCCCCCCAAGCCUACAGCUGUGUCACCGCUCUGCCUGGUGGCUGGGAGUUCCCUCCAAGAGGAGCCAGUCCCUCGAGGAUGCAGGCAUCCGGCCCGGCGACCCAGGGACUGAAGGGCGUUUGAGUUUUAUUUUUAUAUUUAGAUGACAUGAAUGUAAACGGAACAGCUCAGGGUCAUUUUAGAGCCUGUUGACUUUUUUAAUCUCUCUGCCUGUGAUUUCCCUCUGUGAAAUGAAAACCCCACGCAGCACCCUGGACUUUGUUGGGAAGGAAAUACCAAAUGCUUCGGGGAUUUGAGUGUUCCUAGGUGAGCUCUGUCACCCUCAGUCGUAGAGUUCCAGAACGUUGUUUUUGUUUGCUAAACCUUGAAGAGAAUAUGUGCCUCAGCCUAGCUGUUUUGUCCUCUCUUUUCUGCACUUAAUACCUGAUGGUUUGACCAAGAGACACACCUUUGUGGGGCGGGACCUGCUCGCGGUGGAUCAUGAUGUCACAGCACUGGCGGCAGUGACCACAGUGUGGCCUGAUCUGUACACGUUUUCAGGGAAUGCGGAAAGUGUUAAGAGACAAAACCUUUAUUCCACGUGCUUUCCUCCUUUCUGUACAUAGCUCUUCGGCUUGUGAACCUAAUUGUAAACGUUCAGGUAUUUUUGUACAAAUAACGGACUGAUGUUCUGUUUCUUGUAAUUAGAAAUAAACGUUACUACGGUGUUCUUCAUU